AAAACCUAAUAGCUAAAGCGCACACAUCACUCCUCACUCACUCGGCGGCACACACAAAACCCUUUCUCAGUCACUCACUCGGCAAAAGAGAAGCGUCGACGGUCUGCACGGUGGGUGCUUCAUCGACGGCAGCGACCUGUGGCGGAGGACAGGGUUCCCUUCGCUCUUGGAGUUCGCGUCGAGCAGAGAAGCUUCUCUGCAUUGCGCUGGGACGCAAAACCGUUGCUGCAAUCAGCACCACGGCGCAGCCGCACACCUCUGAGACGCCACCGCAAUCAGUUUGAUCAACUGCACGUAAUUGGUCUUGAAGGAUGAGUGAACUUCUUUUUGAUGACAUUUUCAAGGUUGAGAAGGUAGACCCUGAUGGUAAAAAGUAUGACAAGGUUUCUCGGAUUGUGGCACGGAGUGAGAAGUGUGACAUGAACAUGCUUCUAGAUGUAAAUACCGAGAUUUAUCCAAUGGGGGAAAAAGAAAGAUUCUUGAUGGCUUUGUCUCCUUCACUUGUUUUGAGUACUAAGGAUGGUUCAGUGUCAAUUCAAGACAAGUUUGAAUACAUCAUGCACGGGAGGUUAUAUAACAUUACGAAACCUCAGCUUGAAAAGAAAGAAAAGAAAGAGAAACGUUCAGAAUCUCAGCCUGAAGAGAAUGAGGAAUGUUCAAAACCUCAGCUUGAAGUGGAGGUAUAUGCAUCGUUUGGUGGGCUUCAGUUGAUGCUGAAAGGACAUGCUUCCCACUGUGUUAAGUUUGCAGUCGAUCAGAAGUUGUUUUUACUUAUAAGGAAGGUUGAAAGUUGAUGUUGGUGAUGGGCCUGAAAAGAAAAAACAUGCUAGCAUUAAGUUUUAAGUAAUCUGUAUAAAAUAAAUUGAUUUUUCAGAAGAAUGAUUUUUGUGUUUUGAAAGUUUCUCUGAAGUUAGUUUUUUGGUACAUUAGAUAA